GGCGGAUUACGGCAGACGCUGAUGCCAAUGAUGAGUCAGAGUGUUUGGUGCUGAUGUUGCUGCCAUUUCAUCAGACCGGAGCGGCGUUCUCUUCCUCCUCCUCCGUCCUCCUCCUCCUGUAUCCUCCGGUCUCUGUGCCCCGGGCAGUGUAAUGAUGGGGCGCUGUGGUGUGCGGAGCCCGGUAUAAGGAGGUAGGUAGGUGUGUGUAUAGGGGGAGCCGAGCCUUGUGUCCUCCUAUAGCCGAGGCCUGACACUCCCCUGUAUUCCGGGAAGAUGGAGGUGGUCUGAGCACCCCGCUGUCACCAGGAAGCCGAAUUUCCUGUCCUCACCAUCAACAUGGCCGAUCUAAUGUAUAGUGAGCGCUCACCUUUCCGAGGUGAUCCUGCCUCUCCAUAGAGCACCCCCUGCAGGCCGGCCUCGUCACUGCACCCUCCCUGUCCACAGGCUUUGUUGGUAGGUGAAGCCCUGACACCCCAUUCUCAGAGGUGACUGACCCCCCCAUAGGAGAUCGCUCAUACUCCGCUGCUAAGGACUCCAUCCAUUGUGGAGGUUGGGUUGUGUGACAUUCUCCCAUACACUCUAUGGUACUGGUCGGCCUCCCUCUAUAUGGAACUGUCAUUACCUGUAUGCAGUGCCGGAGAUUGUAUACUAUAAGAAGAUCCGUUCAGAAGACAAGGAACCAGAUCUGAGAUAAAACCCAUCGCAUCCAACCCACCUGGAACAAUGGAGGCCAUCUGGUUGUAUCAGUUUCGUCUGAUAGUGAUUGGGGACUCCACCGUAGGAAAGUCCUGUCUGAUUCGCAGGUUCACAGAGGGCCGCUUCGCCCAAGUCUCUGACCCCACCGUGGGGGUGGAUUUCUUUUCCAGGCUGGUAGAGAUUGAACCAGGCAAGAGGAUCAAGUUACAGAUCUGGGACACAGCCGGACAGGAACGGUUCAGAUCUAUAACCCGUGCCUACUACAGAAAUUCUGUCGGAGGGCUCCUGCUAUUUGACAUCACUAAUCGCCGCUCUUUCCAGAAUGUUCACGAAUGGUUAGAAGAAGCGAAGGCCCACGUGCAACCCUAUCAGAUCGUGUUUGUUCUGGUGGGACAUAAAUGUGAUCUAGACACGCAACGUCAAGUGACAAGACACGAGGCAGAGAAACUAGCCACUGCCUAUGGAAUGAGAUACAUCGAGACCUCAGCCCGAGAUGCCAUUAAUGUAGAGAAAGCCUUCACUGACCUGACUCGUGACAUAUAUGAGCUUGUUAGAAAGGGGGAGAUAAAUAUUCAAGAAGGAUGGGAGGGGGUAAAAAGUGGAUUUGUUCCAAAUGUAGUGCAUUCUUCUGAAGAGGUAAUUAAGUCCGACAGGCGGUGCUUUUGCUAAGCAGUACAGUUACUAAUAUGUAAGCCGCCAUUACAGACUCUACUAAUAUAACACCAUCCUAAUGAAUCUGACAAGUAAAGGUAACAUUGACCUUGCACUGGAAGGGGUGAAGGUAGGUUGAACGGAAGAAGACAAAAAAUUGCUUGUAAAACAAAAAACAUUUCUAGACAAUGAGCGUUCUUAUAACUGGCAAGGGCCAAGUGUGUGUGUCAAUGUUUAGGAGUUGGGAUUCAUAAGUCAAUGAUACCGAGAGUUCAGAUACAUCCUAAUUCAUUUGAUAAAUUCUGUGUAGUUUAAUGUUGGUAGUUAUAUGCAGUGAAUUAAUACCGCAGUGUAUUGGUCAUGAUAUAUAGUUAUAGGAAACGCAACCCUUUUGUUUACUGUACUUUGAAAAACAAAAAUGACGCACCAAUGAAUACGCUGUAGCUCUUUACGUAAAAUUCAGUCAUUUCUGUGGUAAUAUUGCAGUGGCUUAAAAAGAAAGACUGUUGCCAUUGCACGGUGGAAACGGUGACGUUUUUGGUUUGACCUACAAAAUGGCUGUUCCAGUUCUGUGGUGCCAACGGGCACACAGAUGGCGGUUGUUUAAGGAUGCCCCUGGCUUAAAUUUAUGAAAUGUAGAUGGUAUUAAUACUUUUUUGUUUUUUCAACAUCAUGAUGAUGAAUUCUUUAAGUAAUAUGUAAUAAUCCCAGUUUUCCCCAUUCCAAGAAAUGUUAUCUUCUAGUUUGCUUGUAGGUCAGUUGGACAUGGUGACUCAUUAAUUCCAUUGCAAUGCUCAGGGUAGGUCACAAAAAAUCCAAACUACAGGUCCAGCCUUUCCUGUGCAUUGGGUCAUUAAGGAUCAUGUCACGUGAGCGAUGCAAUGUUCUUGACUCAUUUAAGAGGCCUGUGAAUAUCCUGAACUUACUAUUUCACUUUAUGAUUGACAUAAGCUCAUGACUGUUGGGCAGAUCAUACCAUGCACAGGAAGUUGCAGAGUUUAGAAACCAGUAUGAUUCAAGCCAAAUGGGCAUAAAAACUGGCCAGACUGGAUAAUUGGCCACCUGCUUUUGUAAGUCUCAGUCUUAAAGCAGAAGUCCGGGCUAAACAAACUUUGUCUAAAUACAAGAGCCAUGUAUAUUCUUAUGUGAAUUUUGAAGUCCUUAAUGUAUAAUUUUUUUUUU